CCGCGGUUUUAUCCGAUUUUAUCCGUUUAAAAGUAUUUCGGGAACUAAUGAUCAGAACUCUAUGGUUUCGAAAUAUUUCAGAAUAUUAUUUCAUGUCAAAGGAUAUUUUGAGAAGACAUUGUUUUCAAAUAUUAAAAGGUUAUUAUCCGCCUAUCCGUCAUGAUAAACCGGACAUAGUAUCCACUAUCCGCGAAUAUGAGUUGAGUAAAUACAUUGUCUUUAUUUAUUUUUGAUAUAAAUUAAAUAUUUUCAGGUAGGUAAAGUAGGAAUUAUUUCCAUAGUUGCUAUUAUGCAGCUAAUAUAUAUAAAGUUUACUUAUUUAUUAUUUCCAUAAUAUUACGUGGUUGAUUCUAUGAAAUUUAUAUAAUUAACUUACAUUUUCUAAAUCUUUG